CCCAAGCAUAGCAGUGGUCCCAAAAACUGCAGUUGUCCCAAAUCUCAUCUUAGUAUCAGAAAAAUUUGUGGACCCUAACUCCUCAGACCCACACCUCCAGUCCCACACGGCAUCCGAGCAAUCCCCCGUUGAGGGAAUAGCACAUGACCUCAGUAUGUCCAAAUCUCAUCAAGGAAACCAAAAUGAACUCCAAAACAAACGGCAAGAAGUAAGACUGUCCAGUGAAGCCCAGCAACAAGACACGAUACACCUGCGCACUCUUCAACUGACGUGCGAGGCUCAACUCUUGUCAACAACUUCGUCAACUGCUGGUCUUAUGUCCCUCUUACCUCUGCACCUUACGAACGAUGUUGAACUCAACGCCAGAAAGGACCAAGUUUCGUCUGCUGGAGGAUUUCAAAGCGAUUGCUCGUCUGGGGAUGGUGCACCAGACAAAGUUAGUCACCUCAGCUGCAGAGCCAUUACAGCCAGCAGCUCGAAGCGCAGGCCUCGAUACCGAGUCCAGUCUCCCGAAGGAGGUUCAUCGACUCUAGGUUCAUCCAAUUCAUCCGAAGGAACUUCAACUCCCGGUAGGAGCAGCAGUAGUAGGAGUAGUAGCAGUCCUCCUUCUCCUCAUGCUCAGAGGAGCAAUAAACGCAAGCGACUCAAUCAAGUGGUUCUAGAACUAACUAGUCAACGACUGUGUAGGGCUGCCAGCGAGUCUGCAUUUAGUUCAUUACGCGACGGCCACAGGAACUUUGAAAAUGAGGACAACCGGUCACAAAACGCGAAUUGCGAUAAAACGAACUCAAAUGGACUUUUUCAUGCUGCGUCGACAUCUGGUCCACAAGUUGGUAGUUGGAACUAUCAAAGUGAAGAAAAAUGUAUUGGCGAUCAAGCUCUAAACUUGUCAUUAGUCAAAGAGAUUCCUGUCAAAGACAACAAAGCGAAUAAUUCCGAACAUGACAUUGUCGCUAAGAAGACUGACUUUAGUGGUAAGCCUUUAGCUGUAGAAGAUGUAAAGGAAGAAAGAAAUUAUUUUACCAGCCCUCUGCGUCGAGAACUUGCAACACAUAACAAAAAGGAAGUAUUAGUUAAUAUAAAAAAUGAAACUGCCAAAGUUUCUCUUCAUGAAAGGAAACAUUGUCGGAAAAGUAAAGAUUUCUCGAAGGCUGUAGGAGAUGAUGCAUCCACCAAUAGUUCCAAGGUAAUAAGUCCAAUUUCAAAGAAUUUGAAAGCUCCGUCAAAAAUUAAUGAAAAGAAAAAAUGUCUCUAUUUUCUAGAAAAGCCUGAAACUUCAAAAAUAAAUUCUUCUCACGGUAUCAGCAGUGCAUCUUCAUCGGUUGAUGUUUCAAAAUAUAGGCGUAGUGGAAUUUCAAAAAGCCGGCCAGAGUGUGAAAAUCCUCCAAAAAAGAACAAUAAAGUGUCUCCCUGUUUAGCAAGUGUUCGAACUUUCCCGGCUACUUCAAUUGCUCUGAAAUCCGGUUUAGCAACAUCGGCAAUUCAACCUAUUUCAAGAAAACCAAAGCUGACUGAUGAAAAACUGAAGAAAGCAGCAGAUUUACCAGCGCAUAAAAAUAAAAAAUCUGCAUUAAGUAGCCUAAGUGGGCAACGACCGAAUCCAAGGAUCAGACGCACGCGAUGCGAAAGUUCAGCGGUCAAUAUACAUGGUAUUAGGAUCGGAGAUCCCACUUCUGGUGGUAGUCGUGUAUUAUCAGCUACUGCGCCACUGCCCAUGUACCCUCGUCAUUCAGAUUUCACCCGCCAGGCUCCUCAGGAAGCCAUGACGGUGGACUCUCCGCUGCCGGGGGGUAUCCCUGGAUCACCCACGGUGGUGGUCGAAGGGGGAGGAGUCAUUCAACGAGUUUCUAGAGUUCCCGCGGGUCAUCAAAGCUCGGAAGUAUUCAGAUUCGAUAGUUACGAUAAGGAGCGAUAUGCAUGCGGCGCUAUCAGUGAGGAAAGCGAGGAAGUGUUCUCUCCCCUGCCAAGAUCACCUAAUCCUUUGGACUCACCGCACACAAUCUAUCCUCGUACUACCACAGACUCCCCUAAAUUGUCAGUUAGCCCGCUUAGAAUAAAAGAAAGAAGCAUAGAUGAAGACGAUGGCGAUUUUUCCCAUCAUCCAGCUUAUGCGACUACCAGUGUAAUUCGAGCACCACCAAAAGUUUCAGUUUUACGAAGCGAAAAUGACGGAAACUCUCUUUCAACGCAUUAUCUUGGGUGCUCAUGCCAGUCCUGUGCUCCUCCAGAUCCGCAUAGACUGGGUGCAUCAUUACCUCAUUCCCCUUCUUCGUCUCACACGACCUCAUCUCCGCACACACCAUCUACUCCAAUUUCCCCGGCAUCGGGAUCCGAAUAUUAUCCAACUGGGAUAUAUAUCUCUACUCUUUAUCGGCGUCGAUCGCAUUCCGAUUCUGAUUUGCAGUUAUGGGAUCAGUCGCCACCAGUUACCAGAGAAUCAGUUUUACGCCAAGGGAGGAAUGUGCCCAAGCCGAUACAUAUCCCUAAAAAGGGAGGAUCUCUAGAGUCUGAUCAUUCAUCUCCACAAGAUUCACCACUUGAUCUCUCCAUGAGGACAGGACCAGGUGGAAAGACCGGUAGUACGAGCAGUAGUGACAGCUUAGGUUUACCAACUGUAGCGAUACCUUCAGGUUUGGCUUCACCACAUUCUCCUUCCAUCCUGCGGACGACGAGUACAUCUCCAAUGCCUCCUAGGUCCCCAGGAGCGCCAGAGCACCCGCGGCUACCAUCUCCACAUGCUCCUCUUCUAGGUAUAAGACAUUCUCGGGAAAGUGUUGCUUUGAGGUACCAUUUGGAAGUCUCACCUGUUGUUGAGGAAAUGCCUCAGGGAGCUGAAGUAGCGUUCAUGUGUCCCGUAUGCGGACAAAUGUUUAGCUUGCAUGAUCGGCUGGCGAAACACAUCGCAUCUCGGCACAAAAGCAAGCAGGUUGAAGUAUCCAGUAAGGCAUACAUGUGUGAAGUUUGUAAGCGAUCUUUUGCCCGUUCAGACAUGCUGACUCGGCACAUGCGGCUCCACACUGGUCACAAGCCGUAUACAUGCCGAGUGUGCGGUCAAGUUUUUUCCAGAUCGGAUCAUUUAUCAACCCAUCAGCGAACACACACAGGAGAAAAGCCCUACAAAUGCCCUCAGUGUCCCUACGCUGCCUGCCGCCGUGACAUGAUUACCCGGCAUAUGAGGACCCACGCCCGGUAUGAACUACAAGAAUCUUCUUCAAUGGAAGAGAGGGGUGAAAUAACUCGGCCAGCUUUGCCCGAACGAUCGCUCUCAGAUGAACACCCAACAGCGGCAGUAUUAAUAGACUACCCACAAGGAGGAUCGCCCAAAUCCCCCUCUAUAAUGCGGCACAACCUCUUGCACCAAAAUCCAUCUAGCGGGUUGCCUAUGCAUGUUCAACUUACAGAGCAUGAACAAGAAGUGAGCGAAUCCCCAAAUGACAGACAAAACAUAGCCACAAGACAAAAUCUAUCCAUGGCUAACGAAGAAGGAUAGUGCCAUUACAAAUGUGAUCAGUAACUCUCUAGAAUUUAUUUCUUGGAGUUUAAACUGCUCAAACAAAAAUGAUCUUUUACUCAGCCGACUAAGUACCAAAAGAUUGUUUUUUGAGCACAAUCUGGAACUCAGAAGUGGCAUAAAGUCUAUUAGUUAAGAUAAUAGAUUUCGUUCUUUUUAAUUCCUUAUCCUACGAGAAGAAUGUCCCAUGUGCGCUAUCUCAAUUUGCUCAACUUUUCUAAGGCUUUCACACAGUUUACGUAGUUUUUUGCGGAAUAAAAUAAAUAAUUUUUUUUUCUGACGGUGAAGCUUCCUUGAAGUUCGUAAUCUGCUCAGUAUGCUGCCUAAAAGCUCGCUAGUCGUCUACCCACAUUCCAUGAACGUUACAUUUUAGUGUAUACUUACGUCUAAAGCCUGAUAUAUCCUUUUGAAUGUGCGAGAGUGUAAUAUCGUUGCCCUCUCAGUCAACCUGUAGUGUGUAAGAAUUAGAAAAUGCCCUGCCUCUUCUGCCUUAGACGUCUGUAACCCCACAAAAUGCUAGGUUUCUGCAACUCAUCGGUAAUGAACGAAGAAUAAUUUGAACAACAUUUCAAUGUCUCUGUAGUAAACCAUUAUCUAGUCAAUGAUUUCUUUGUACGUUUGUAACGUUUCUCAUCAAUGUUUGAAUUGCCUUUCAGCAUUGAAAAUAGUUAAAAAUUAUUGAGGGAUUAAACUUGUAAUGUAAUGUAGUUAGCCGAGUUACUUUUCUUCAGUGCGAGACAUCUAAUGAACUGUUCAUGUAUACUCUGUAGGCCUUGAACGUGCGCUCAACUUCCUCAUCUCGUAACUUUUCUCUUUGUAUGCUUAAGAAACUUUUAUAAACAGUAUCAUACUUUUUAUUGCGAAUUUUAACUUGUCUUUCUGCUUCUGAAUGACAUUGAACCAUAGGUAGUUCAAUGAGGUAUGUACUUUGAUUGCAUUCGCAUCUGAAUGGAUGAAAUUCCAAAGGAAUCAGAAGGAGUUUUCACCGGUCUCUACAUAGAGAAUGUUUGGCAUUAAAUUUGAGCAACAAGAAUUGGGAGGAAUUUUUCGCUCAGUAAUUUGAAAUUUUUGAUGAGCCGCAAUGUCACGCAAAAUUACAUAAUAGAGGACAUUUUAAUUAUUUUUGGCCGGAAAUGAUCAAUGUACAGAGGAAUACACCUAAGUUUCAUGUCACAUGCACGAUAGCUAUACCAAAACAACGAAUGCUACCGGACCGAUUUAUAGUGAUUUUUAAAAUUAUUUUAUGACGAAUGGGUGCGUCAAUAUUGCAUCAAUGCGCGUUAUUAUUCUUCAUACAUUACAAUAUUAAAGAGGUUCCCUUAUAAAAGUAAUACAAAUGUAAUGAUUUUCAAAAUUCAAAUGCGAGCAUUUCAUAGGUCUCGAAUUUUCAUGCUGUCAAAAUAUCUAUAACUUUGCUUGCCAGAUUUUUUCUGCUUAGACACUGAUGUCAGUAUAACAUCAUAUAAAGAUAUAAUAGAUAAAUUAAUAUAAUGAUAUAAGUGAUUAAUGAGAUGAGUUACGGUUCAGUUUUAGUGUUACAGUUGCGUGAUUUAUCGACGCCUUGAUCGUAGUCAGAGUUACGCCAGUUACAAAGUCGAUGUUCAACUAUGAAAAUAUCUUGUUAUAAUGGGCAUUGUAAUUUCAUUCAGAAGAUGAAUUUGUUUUCACUUUGUAGCAUGAAGGAAGGAAAUUCUAUGUUCAAGCAUAUUAUUAUCUUUUGUAUCACUGUUGAUGUAAUUACACCGAUUUGGAGACAACUUAAGUAAACCUGAGAUUCCUCGAAUUCAAAGCGAGCUGUCAUAUAAUGAGGCGUAAACUCGUAGUUGACGGGUGCAGGAAAAAUACUGAACAUGAUUCGUAAGUCUUGCCAAGCACUUCCUAAAGCUUGAAUGAACUCGAAGACAUGCCACGCGUUGUCAGUCUCUGACCCCAACCAUGUUGUUCUCAUGGCUGAGCUCGAAGACAUGUCAAGCGCUGACAGUCUCUGACGCCAGCCAUGUUCUCCUCAUGGCUAAACUCGAAGACAUGCCAAGCGCUGACAGUCUCUGACGCCAGCCAUGUUUUCUUCAUGGCUGAACUCGAAGACAUACCAAGCAUUGUCAGUCUGUGACCCAGCAAUGUUGCCCUUAUAGAGCUGUGUGUGAUAUAUUUAGGAGGUAUUCGUGGUGUUAAUGAAUUAUCUAUGAGUGUUAUAAAGAGUAGAAUUAACUAUAGUAAAAUACCUUGACGCUAUUAUUUUGCGUGGCUUUAUGCUACUGCGUGAUCGCUAAGUACAUCAACGAUUGAGAUUCGUCCUCUGCGGAUUGACUUUUGUUUCAUGGAGAGAAACAUCAUGGCUGUGGUAAGGAUUGACUAGGGUUUCAUGGAAAUGAUUAUCUAAGGGACACAUUAUGCAUGGCUAUGGUAAAUAAAUUUUCAAAACUUGUUUAUUAUUCCAUGACAGGUUGAAAUGCGUGCAGAAAUUGUGUCAAUUAGAUAAGAAUCACACAGAGCGUUUGUUCACCCCAAGUUUAUUAGUUGAAAAAUAAAGCACCUAUAUGUAAAAUUUUAUUGAACAUGUAAGCUAUAAUUGGCAACAAUUAAGAGAGAUCCUUCCAUUUAAACAAUAUGUUAAGAAAGUAUUUUCUCCGGGACACGAGUUGGGGUGUGACGAUUAUUCUGAAAAGGCAUUAGUUGUCUUAAAGGAAAUUUUGCUCUACGUUGUGAAAUUGAAAGAGUAGUUUGACUUGGUCCGGGCCCAAUGACUCAUUUUAGUGUGCUGUAAAUGUUAUCUUCUAGAUGUUAGUUUAUAUUAGCUAGGCAUUUAGUGCACUAAAAACCGAAGAAAAUAUUGUGUCACGUAUGCACCAUUUGAAAAGAUAUUAACUAUUCUGGCUGGUCCAAUAUUGAUAAUGAGGAAUGAAUGUAAAGUUGGAUUAUAGAACCGUGGAUGUUUUAAAAUAUUGUUUGCCAUUUUAUUAAACUAGCUAAAUUAUGACAUAUGCAUCAUAUACAUUAAUUUCGCUCAUAAUGCUAAUUAGUUAAACAACACUAUUUAUUUGACUAUCAUUCACAAUCGGUAAAAUAUAAAUAUCGGUGUAUAUAUAUUUAUAUAUGAAUUCAUUAACCUGUUAAUCUUUUCGAUGCUUCGUCACUGCCAGCAUUCAGAGCCCUACCAAGUGAGGAGCUUUGCUUGCAAAUAAUUUUUAUACAAUUUAGAUAAUAUUUUAAAGCAAAUUUGGUAGUUUUAACAUGAGGUUGAUUCGAUUGUUAUUUACAUUUAAUUCACAGUUCCGUCAAGACCGCAUCGAUUUGUAGAAUUUUUUGAGAAAAUUACCUACGAAAAAUAUGUUUUAAUGCCACUUGAUGGAAAUUAUGUUUUUGCGAGCAUUUUUCACCAGAUUCUCGAUGAAAAUUUUAUUUUAAAGGCUGGUUGGGUACUUGAGAGGCGUUCAAUACGUUGCUGAAGUGCGCCUUUCAAAGAGCGUUGGAAUGUAUUUUCGUUGAGUGUAACUUCUCGUUUGUCGUAUGCAAGAUGAAAAGAUAUAUGAUGUAUUUCAAAUAAGCUUGGGAGUAUGAAUUAUUAUUGUAAAAGCAAUUGAGCAUUAAUUACAUUGUGAUGAUGGCUGACCCAUGGCACUAAACGCAGCCAAUAUUAUCUAAUAAAAUCUCGAAAAUUACUCAGUUUUUUAUAGAUGACUACAAAUUCAUCAACAUACUAUUGAAGCUUUUUUCAAAUGUUUCAGAUACCUUUUCAUCUGUUGAAUUCAUGUAGCGCGUCCAGCAUGCGUCAGUUUACCUCCUCAUGCUGAAAGUCGUGCUCGCCAUGCGUGGUCAGACGAGCGAAAUAUUCCUUAGAACCUCUCAAAUUUGCUCGAUUUUGCUUUUCAACUCAACUUCAU